CCCCCCCCCCCCGCCCCAAAAAAAAAAAAUUGACUUAAAGCAGGCGCACUUGCUUGCCACAAGAAAGCCCCGGCAAAGUUACCAGUGGAUGUUAAGUCGGACUAAAGUAUAUUCCAACCAUGCCACCAGUGGAUGACAGCGGAUCUUCAAACACGUCUCUGAUCAAUUUCCUGUUACGUGCUUUUGCGACAAAUGGGCAGCAGGUGGUCACAGAGCAAGUGUUGGAAGAGCAAGAACAGGGACCUUCACCCGAAAAUAUGGAACUGGACACCGUGGAGAGAGCUGUGGAGGAGUUUGUGGAUUUGGAUGAGAGUGAGGAUGAUACACCGGACAUAGCUUUAAGCAGCACUGCAGGUGCUGAUUGCAAUGGUCUGGGUGAAGAGGUCGUUGCGGCGACCUCGGCUGAGGUUAUCCAGGAAAACGGCGACGGCGAUGCCAACCAGGACGACACCGAGCCUUGGCCUGAAAGGUCCCCGGGCAUCCGGCUUGCGCCUCCUGACGAAGACGGGGGGCCCGAGUAUAUGCCACCCAUGCCACCAGUGGAUGACAGCGGGUCUUCACACAUGUCUAUGGUCGAUUACCAGUUACGUGCUUUUGCGACAAAUGGGCAGCAGGUGGUCACAGAGCAAGUGUUGGAAGAGCAAGAACAGGGACCUUCACCCGAAAAUAUGGAACUGGGCACCGUGGAGAGAGCUGUGGAGGAGUUUGUGGAUUUGGAUGAGGGUGAGGAUGAUACACCGGACAUAGCAUUAAGCAGCACUGCAGGUGCUGAUUGCAAUGGUCUGGGCGAAGAGGUCGUUGCGGCGACCUCGGCCGAGGUUAUCCAGGAAAACGGCGACGGCGAUGCCAACCAGGACGACACCGAGCCUUGGCCUGAAAGGUCCCCGGGCAUCCAGCUUGCGCCUCCUGACGAAGACGGAAGGCCCGAGGUCAGCGGCCCAGCGCCGAAGACCCCUGCACCUUCGGCCUCCAAGGCCCACGUGUUCUUCUUUGACCGGGCGUUGCAGGAAGAGGAGCCCCCUCAGCCUGCAUGCGACCCCCCAUUCCGGGCCCAGCUGGAAGAGGCCAGACAGCAGCUGCGCUACCUGAUGAAGGAGUCCGGACAGGGCCUGGACAGCGUUACCAAGGCCCUCCUGAAGAACAGUGGCGAUGUGCAGGCUGCCCUGCAGUACCUCCGCCACGGGCCACAGGGGUACCUGUGGGACCCGCGCGAUGACCCCCUCCUCCGCUCAGGUGGCCAUUUUCGGCACAUCCUCGAACAGAAGUACGGAAAGGCGGCCGUGGCCAGGAGGAUUUAUUUCCUUGAGAUCCAGUUCAACGAGAUCAGAGUGACUUACAGCUGUUUGCAACGUCAGUUAACUCCUGCUACGUGGCCAAGUUCUAGGGGCCCUUAAAUUCCUCAUUUGUGUUGUUCUGUAUCUCAUUUUGUCUGGAUUUUUUCUUCUUUUGUUGCGUAAAUGAGAACAUGCUUUGUUUAGACAUCUCAUCCCUGCCUGUAUCCCAGGCACUUGAUAUGAAUGUCACUUGUUCUUAAUUAUAACCAUUUUGUUAAACUUUAACCCGAAAAAUACACCUAUGUAUAGGUCAUUUAAAGGUGUUGUAUAGAAUGUCAUUUUUAUUUCUGUAUUAACAGUACUAAUAGUACCGCAUUUCUGUAAACCAGUGUUACAGCAUUAUGUUCUGAACACGUGUUCAGAAUAAUUUAGAAAUUUGCAUUUACUCAUUUAAAAUGACUGUAGUUUGGCCCCGCGAUGCUCCGUAGACUGGAGUCGCUUGUUGCAGUUGGAUUGUUGUUGUCAAAAUAAAAACGGGAGCCUCAGUUCCAAACUG